CCAAGUACUAACCAGUACUUCUUUUAGAUCUCCAACAUUUUUGCUAUAAAUACAGAACGCUAAGAGCGAUACGUUCACACUAGAAAGGCAAACAAUUCUCUGUUUCUUUCUAAUCAGUAAUCAUUAGAUUUUAGUCAUGGCUAUUAUUUCCAGGGCUUUGAUUUCUUCACUUCUCAUCUAUCUUCUCAUCAUUCAACUGGUUGAAGCUGAUCAUCAACUGGUGGCAAAUGCUAGAAAGAAAACCUCGCCCCUGAAGAAAAUUGACUGUGGUGGAGCUUGUGCAGCAAGGUGCCGAUUAUCAUCAAGGCCACACUUAUGCAAGAGGGCAUGCGGGACAUGUUGCGCGCGUUGCAACUGUGUUCCUCCAGGAACUGCCGGCAACCAAGAAAUGUGCCCCUGCUAUGCUAGUCUGACCACCCACGGUGGUAAACGCAAGUGCCCUUGAGUUCCUAUCAACCUCAUUCAAUCUAUUUCUCCUUAAUUU